UUUUAGCCAGCACUUUACCUUUUAUGGCUAAUUAAUGCAGCAUCCCCCUUUAACCAAAAAAAAUUUGUUGACAUUGCCCUUUUAACAAAAACGAACGGCCUUACCCUUUUUUCUGAUCAACCCAUGAGAUUGAAUUCACAAGGGUCAACAAUUCAGAUUAUUAUUUGCUCUUCUGUCUUCCUCAGAUUUUGGCUCUUCUGACAAAGAAAUUUGGGCCACUGCAAGACAUACCGCUGACUGACAUGGCCUCUAUUGACCUAAAAAAUGGAGCAAGAGAAAGUACCCAUCUUGAGAACAAAUUCCCAGCUGGAAAUUGAAAUUCCAAUAGUCUCUGAGAAAAUUGAUGUACUUUCCAUGCCACCGAAGUCAUCUUGCAAAUCUCUCUGUGCUUUCUCCAAACUAGAAAAUAGUACUUUGGAGUCAGAAGCACGAUCAAAGUCAGCGAAAAAACUGCGUGGACUCAUAAUUUUCUAUGUAUUAGUUAUGGUAGUAGAGAUUGUUGGUGGUUUGAAGGCCAAUAGCCUUGCAGUUCUCACAGAUGCAGCCCACUUGCUCUCUGAUGUUGCUGGGUUCUCCAUCUCUCUUUUCACAGUAUGGGCUUCAGGUUGGAGGGCAACAUCACACCAGUCUUUUGGAUACAGUCGUCUUGAGGUUUUGGGUGCCCUUAUAUCCGUGCAGCUCAUAUGGCUGAUCUCUGGGAUCUUAAUCUAUGAAGCCAUUGAUAGAAUUCUUCACAAAAAUGCAAAGGUGAACGGGCCUCUAAUGUUUGCAGUUGCAGCAUUUGGAUUUAUUAUUAACUGUCUGAUGGUUGUAUGGCUUGGUCACAAUCAUGAUCACAAUCAUAAUCACAAUCAUGAUCACAAUCAUCAUGCGUGUGGACACGGGGAUCAUGAUCAUGAAAGAGAGGAUGAGGAAUGUGCAACAACCGAGGAGAAGACUAAUUUGGUGUCAGAUUCUCCAGUAAAGACCAAAAUGUUGAACAUAAAUGUCCAAGGGGCUUACCUGCAUGUUUUGACUGAUCUGAUUCAGUCAGUUGGGGUGAUGAUUGCUGGAGCUAUCAUAUGGGCAAAACCCGAUUGGUUAAUAGUUGAUCUGAUGUGCACUCUUGUAUUUGCUGUUCUGUCUUUAAGUACUACUCUGUCCAUGCUUGGAAAGAUUUAUGGCAUAUUGAUGGAGAGGACUCCAAGCGAGAUCAACAUUGAUAAGCUGGAAAAUGGCCUCAGAUGUAUCAAAGGAGUUCAGGAUAUUCAUGAUCUACAUGUUUGGGCAAUAACAGUAGGGAAAAUUGUGUUAUCUUGCCAUGUGACAGCUGAAUCUGGAGUUUGCUCAAGUGAAUUACUUUUCAAGAUUAGGGAUUUCUGUGAAAAAACAUACAGAAUACGUCACGUGACAAUACAAAUUGAAUAGAAUUAUAAUGAUUUCCCAUAUAAAAAUAGAAAUUCAAGGUUCUCUCAUGUUCUGCCUCACUGGUUACUAAUUUUCCAAAGAUAAUUGUGGAGCAUGUAGCUCAUUGGAUCUGUUUGAUCUAAGUUAGCACGCCUUCCACCCCCAUUCUUUUAUAAUGAUAAAGGUUGAGUUACUGCUAAUGAAAUCAUAGCCACUUGGCUAGAUAUAUUUCAAGUUUUA